ACAACUUCAUCUACUUGUGGAAGUCGACAAUCAAAACCAUCAAGCAAUUAGCUUUAAGAUCGAAGCAUCAUUUACCUAAAUAAAUGGAUCUCAGGAACUUUGGCUUAUCCAACUUCGGGUUAGAACCGCAGCUCCUCUCAACCAUCCAAGACAUGCUCGACUUCGCCGACGACCACGACAAGCCGGCCGGGCCCCACCAGAACAACCCAUCCCGGGCCUACGUCCGGGACGCGAAGGCGAUGGCAGCGACCCCGGCGGACGUGAAGGAGUAUCCGAAUUCCUACGUGUUCAUCGCGGACAUGCCGGGGGUAAAGGCCGCGGAAAUCAAGGUCCAGGUGGAGGACGACAACGUUUUGGUGGUGAGCGGGGAGCGGAAGCGGGAGAGGGAGAAAGACGAGAAGGAUGGGGUGAAGUAUUUGAGGAUGGAACGGAGGGUGGGGAAGUUUAUGAGGAAAUUUGUGCUGCCGGAGAAUGCCAACGUGGAGGCGAUAAAUGCGGUUUAUCAGGACGGGGUGUUGCAGGUGACGGUGGAGAAAUUGCCGCCGCCGGAGCCGAAGAAGCCAAAGACAGUUGAAGUCAAGGUUGCGUAGGAUCGGAGAAGAAAAAGUGGAAUGCAUAUAUGUAUGUGUAAUGUAAUGUGUUUCACGGAGUAGAAAGCUUUGCUGCUUUAAUUUGGUGUGUUUCUUAUUACAGAUGUGUUUUCUAACGUUUAUGUAAAAUGUGGUACUAAGAUCUAAAUAUAUUUGGGUUUUUGAAGAAA